CAAGUCCUUUACCAACCCCGCAAGUCUUAGAGGUCAUAGAAAUAUUCAUACUGGGGGGAAACCCUACAAAUGUAAAGAAUGUGACAUGUCCUUUACUACAUGCUCAAAACUUAAGAGUCAUUACAGAAUUCAUACUGGAGAAAAGCCCUACAGGUGUGAAGAAUGUGGCAGGUCCUUUACUGCAUGCUCAAAACUUAAGAGUCAUUACAGAACUCAUACUGGAGAAAAACCCUACAGAUGUGAAGAAUGUGACAAGUGCUUUACUCUGAUGUCAAAUCUUAGAAUGCAUCAGGCAGUGCAUGCUGGAGAGAAACCCUACAAAUGUGAAGAAUGUGACAGGUGCUUUACUCAAAUGUCAAAUCUUAGAAUACAUCAGGCAAUGCAUGCUGGAGAAACACCCUACAAAUGUAAAGAAUGUGACAAGUGCUUUCCCAGGUCCUCAAAUCUUAGGCGUCAUGAAAGAAUUCAUACUGGAGAGAAACCUUACAAAUGUGAAGGAUGUGACAGGUCCUUUACUCAAAAGUCACAUCUUAGAUCACAUCAGCGAAUUCAUACUGGAGAGAAACCCUACAAAUGUGGAGAAUGUGACAUGUCCUUUUCUGCACGCUUAUUACUUAAAAUUCAUUACAGAAUUCAUACUGGAGAAGAACCCUACAGAUGUGAAGAAUGUGACAAGUGCUUUACCAGGGCCUCAUAUCUUAGAAAUCAUAAAAGCAUUCAUACUGGAGAGAAACCCUACAAAUGUGAAGAAUGUGGCAGGUCCUUUACUUUGCACUCAACACUUAACAGUCAUUACAGAAUUCAUACUGGAGAAAAACCCUAUAGAUGUGAAGAAUGUGACAAGUCCUUUGCCCAGGCCAGACUUCUUCGAAAUCAUAAAAGUAUUCAUACUGGGGAGAAACCCUACAAAUGUGAAGAAUGUGGUAAGUCCUUUACCCAGGCCAUUCAUCUUCAAAAUCAUAAAAGUAUUCAUACUGGAGAGAAACCCUACAGGUGUGAAGAAUGUGACAAGUGCUUUACCAGGGACUCAUAUCUUAGAAGUCAUAAAAAUAUUCAUACUAGAGAGAAACCCUACAAAUGUGAAGAAUGUGACAAGUGCUUUACUGAAAGGCCAAGUCUUAGACGUCAUAGAAAUAUUCAUACUGGGUGGAGAGAAAAAUGUGAAGAAUGUGACAAGUGCUUUACUCGAAUGUUUAGUCUUAGAAUACAUCAGUCAGUGCAUUCUGGAGAGAAACCCUACAAAUGUGAAAAAUGUGACAAGUGCUUUACUCGAAUGUCAACUGUUAGAAUACAUCAAGCAGUCCAUUCUGGAGAGAAACCCUACAAAUGUAAAGAAUGUGAUAAGUGCUUUAUCCAUUCCUCAAAUCUUAGACGUCAUAACAAAAUUCAUACUAAAGAGAAACCCUACAAAUGUGAAGAAUGUGAAAGGUCCUUUACUGCACGCUUAACACUAAAGAAUCAUUACAGACUUCAUACUGGAAAAAAACUUUACAAAUAUGUAGACUGCGACAAGUCCUUUAACCAGCCCUCACAUCUUAGAGGUCAUGAAAGUAUUCAUAAUGGAGAGAAACCCUACAGAUGUGAAGAAUGUGGCAGAUCCUUUACUGCACGCUCAUCACUUAAGACUCAUUACAGAAUUCAUACUGGAGAAAAACCCUACAAGUGUGAAACAUGUGACAAGGCCUUUACUUCUCUGUCUCAUUUAAGGUUUCAUCAGAGAAUUCAUACUGGAGAGAAACCCUACCAAUGAAAAGGAGUGAGUCCUUUCCUCAUGCAU